GGAGCCGAGCCCGGCACCGACACACCGGAAUAACGGGCUGUAAACAAACAGCUAAAGGACGAGGCUAAUGCUAACGGUGCUAUUAGAAGGCAUGGCUCAGAUGAGGAAGCUGGCAUGCGACAGCAACAGGGCGAACGCCCGGGGCGAGCCACUGGUGUCGGCCAGACAGGAGAUCCUCACCAGCCUGGUGUCUGCCCUGGACUCAGUGUGCAUGGCGAUGUCUAAGCUCAACGCUGAGGUGGCGUGUGUCACCGUACACGAGGACAGUGUGAUUGCCGUGGGCACAGAAAAGGGCAGAGUGUUCCUCAACUCCAGGAGGGAAAUCCAAACAGACUUCUACAAGUUCUGCCGGGCGCCAUGUCUGCCAAGUUUGACCACAUCGAAUGCCCAUACCAAAGACCAGGACGGCGAUCUCAGCAAAUUGAGUAAAGACGGUGAACACGGGAAACCAAGAGCUCCGUCAGACGCUCAGUCCAACAUCUUUGUUCUGAGGAAGAUGGUGGAGGAAGUCUUCACUGUACUUUACAGUGAAGCCGUGGGAAAGAGCAGCCUGGUCCCUGUGCCUUAUGAGUGGAUCCAGAAGGACCCCGGCUGUGUGGUGGCCCAUGGUUUGCCUGAAGGAGUCACCCUGAAGAAGCCGUCUGAGUAUGACAUCAAGACACUGAUGAAGAUUCUGGAGCAGAGCCACCGGAUCCAGUUCACGGUAAAACGGCCAGCAGAAGAUUUGUCCCGAGAAGCCAAGUCCAGCACCGAUGUCAAUCACAACACUUCCACUGCCGCCAUCAUGACGCCAAGCAGCCACGGCGCAGGGAAGACCACCCCCCAGGUAGCCCCGUCAUCAAGUCCCGCCACUUCCAGCAACUCUGUCCUGUCAGACUUCCUGUACGGCAUGCCCAUGUCCUCCAAACCUCACCCAGACAGCAAGCUGGACUUCAAACCCUUGUCCCUCCUCAACCUGGGCAAGGACAGACUGGCCAACUGGACAGCGGGGUCGGACAAGAACGUGUCUGGCAAGGACGGCGCUAACAAUGAUGAGACAACAAGACUACCUGGUGAACAAGGCCAGAGUCCUCCUGGAGUCCACAUCUCCAAGAGGCUGCUCUUCUCUAUUGUGCAUGAAAAAUCAGAAAAAUGGGACUCGUUCAUUCGGGAAACCGAAGACAUCAACACGCUGCGGGAAUGCGUUCAGAUUCUGUUCAACAGUCGAUACGCUGAGGCCCUGGGUCUAGAUCACAUGGUGCCUGUCCCCUACCGCAAAAUAGCCUGCGACCCAGGUGCCGUGGAAAUCAUAGGCAUCCCCGACCAGAUCCCCUUUAAGAGACCCUGCACCUACGGAGUCCCCAAGCUCAAACGCAUCCUGGACGAGCGCCACGGAAUCCGCUUCAUAGUCAAACGAAUGUUUGAUGAAAGGAUUUUCACUGCUGCUGGCAAGAUCGCGAGGGAGGAGGGAAAGCACGACCUGGGCGCCGCACAUGAAGACGGCUUCGCUGACAAUCUGAGCAUCCCGCCCGCCACCGCAGAGCUGGUCAGCAACCCGCUCAGCAGCAGGUCGACAAGUGCGUGUGUGAGUCCCCUGGCUGACUGUGAAGCAGGCCCUUCAGGAGAUUGCAUUCCUCUGAAAAGGAUUAAAACGGAGCCUCCAGAUGGGGAAAUAAUUCAAGUUACAGUGCCAGAUGCUGGUACGAGUGGGGAGGAGCCCAGCGAGCCUGUGGCCGAGCCUGUCGCAGCAGCAGCAGCAGCAGCAGCAGCAGCGUGUCCAGCCACAGCCUCGCCCUCCGCUCACCCGCCCCCCCCUGCUCCCGCAGCUCCCCAUCACCCGCUGGAAAAUAACACAGGUAACUUCGGCCACGUCGGCCCCCAACUCCAUUUCAUCCACAUCCUUCUCACCCGCAGCCCCUGGAAUGCCAGCUCACUGUGCCGCCCAGCGUCCACCACUGACACCUCACCACACUCUGGCCCCCUGUAG